UGACGCCAUGAUUUGGUAUUGAUGAACGCAUAGCAUAUCCAUUCCUAGUAGCAUAGCGACUUCUAAUUUUUACUUCUUUUUUUAUAUAUCAUCAUUUUAAUACUUAAUAUUUAAUUCUCAUACAAUAGGUAUUUCAUAUCAAUUUUCAAUAGGGAAAUACGAAGGGAGGAAAGAUUAGGUACAUUUGCCAUCGAGAAUACUACUACCUACGGAACAGGGGAUAGGGAAUAGGGAAUAGGAGAAACAGAGAACAAAUGGUACAGGAAAAUUACCGUCACCGAAGCGUGGGCUCGUCCCGAAAAACCAGCUUUUCCGCCGUCUUGAGGCCCAAUAGUAGUCCCGGCUUGAUUUCGAGGGUGUUGGGAAGCUUCCGACAGAAGAGUCCUGAGGAGAAGAAGAAGGGGAAGGGAAAGGGGAAGAAGACAUCAUCAGGGAAGUUCAAGGGGGACCAGCAAGAUUGGAUCGCCAGCUUCCAAGGCACGCAUCACCCGGAUAGGCCGCGCGUAGACAAGCGUGGUCAGGAGAUGGUGUCCGACGAAGAGUACGCCGCGCAGAUCAGGCGGAUGCAGGAGCGGAGCCAGAGGCACUAUGAGCUGAGCGACCGCGGCCAGACACCGCAGAGCCCCGUGCCGAACUUCAGUUAUUCGUCCAUGAGCCCGAGGAGCAAUAGGAUUAGUCCCCUGGCCCCGUCGUUUAGUGAGCCGCAAUGGCAGCCAAGCGACGACCGGCAACCGCCCAAGGACAUCACUACAACGGACCUUGCCGUAUCUCCUAGCUCCAGGAUGAUGCAAAUAUACCCCACUGGCAGCUUGGACCGAGGCCCUAUCAUCCGGUACAGCGAGGAGUCUAACCGACGAGUAUCUCCCCUGCCGGGGAAGACAAUCUCUACCACCACCACCAACACCUCAACUGUCACUAGUCAGCUUUCAGAGGGGCAUAGUAGCUCACGAGUGUCGGAUAACAGCAGAACCGCAGCCGACAUCGAGGUAUCCAAGCUCUUCAACCGCGAGCCCAAGCCCAAGCCGUCGUCGAUAUCCAACUCCUCCUCCCCGGGAAGCGAGUUGGCGCCGGGCCUGAUCCUAAAUUCAUCACCCACCUCGCGUUCUCGCUUCCCCUCGACCGUAGCCGACAACCCCCUUGCUCUCCCUCGCUCCCACUCCCGUUCCCGCUCUCCCUCUUCCCCAUCUUCCCCUCCUUCGCCCCCGCAAACGUGCCCCUGGCGCGGGUGCCACGCAACCCUCACGACGGACCGCGAGAAGAAAGAUAACCUGUGCGCGGCGUGCCACGACGCGCUGUGUCCGCGCGAGAGCGCCUUCUUCGGCCCGUCGUGGUCGUCGCUGCGGCCGUCGACCACGGCCGUCAAGGACGCGGAGCUGGAUAUCCUGCACGCUCUCGUCGGCGUUACUGCUAGUACUGAGGACGAGGGCGAGGGCGAGGGUGGGGAUGAUGAGGAGAAGAAGAAGACGAAUUACGUCCCCGUCGGCGGAAGGAGUAAGAGUAAUGGCGGUGGCGGUGGUGGUAUGCGGAGACAGUCCGCUCAUUUCGACAAGAGAUUUAGUGUUGGGAACUUCAAGCUGCUUCCCGCGCCGAGGGGGAAGAGGCGGCAGAUCGUGGAAGCGCGGCAGAGGGCGGGUGGGAAUGGCGGGGGGAGGUGUAGUAGUAGUAGUAGCAGUAGUGAGGAGACCGGCAACGAGGACGAAAGGGACGGGUUAACCUGGCGUACUUCCCUGUCAACCCAACCGGCACGUCACCACCACAACCAUAACCACCUUCCUCCCCCUCCCCCUCCCCCUCGCCCUCCCAAUCCCCAACCCGAAGCCUUCGGCCUGGUAUUUCCUUUCCGCCAGGAUACGUUCGGCAUCAACCCCAACCUCAUACCCAUACCCCCCCCCACACAAUCCAACCACAAUGAUAACGCCCGUUACAAGUAUACCACGGAACCAAAACAAGAAGGGGAAGACGAAGGUCAAGAAGCCGACAAGCCCGCCAGCGACUCCUCCUGGACAACAGACAAGCGGACCAGCUCCCUGACUAACAGCACCGAUGACGACGACGAGGAUAACAGCCCGGUAUCCCCGUACUCCGCUCCCGACAUGCACAAGCCUCGCGACAUAUACCCAGCUCCCCUGAUAGCGCGUAUUGCAAGCAGACACCACCACUACAACCACCCGGACUACCAGCAGGACCUCGACCACCCGCGCCAGAGCAGCAGCAGCAGCAGCAGCAGCAGUGUUUACCGUCCCUCGCGGGACACACUGCUGUACCGGGAGAUCGAGGACAUAAUCGACUGCUACGCGGGUGCGAAUGCGGAUGCGGAUGCUGGCAUCAGUGUCGGUGCCGGUGUCGCAGAGCAAGAACGGGAGCGGGAGUGGGAGCGGUUUAAAGCCACUGCCAAUAUCACGCCCUUUUUUACCGACGACCCGGAGGCGGUGGAGAUGAGGCGGAAAGGGUUCAUCUGAUUACCUACCUACCUAGGGGUUUAGUUUAGUAUAUGCCUUAUGUGCCUACCUAGGUACCUAACCUAAGGUAAGGGAUAUUUCAGGUAGGGGGGGACUAGGUUAGUUAAAGUGUGCUAUAAGGAAAACAAUAAUGAUAAUAAGAAUAACGAAAAACCUGUGAAUUAACAAGUGGCCUGACUGACUCUGUGCAUGUAAGUAAAGAGGCAUCACUCGGAAAAAGUAAGUAGGCACGUAACCUGACCUAGCCUAAUAGCGGGCGAACGAAACACGAGAAAUAGCACGCAACAUAAGAAACAAGGAACA